AUGAAGAAGCUGGAAGAUCAAGCCGAGGCUGCCAUUAAGGCCCAACAGAUGGCCGAAGAAAAAGCGGAGUCUGCUGAAGCCAUCAAAAAAGUUGCCGAGGCCGAGAAGAGAGAUGCCGAGGUGAAAAAGGCUCAAGCCGAAAAAGAGCUCGAGGAGGCCCUGGCCACUAAAAACGCCGAAAUUACUGAAGCCGAUGAAAAAGCUUACGCCCAAGGAAUGGCCGAUGUUGCUGAGGACUACAAACUGCAAGCUGAAGCUAUUCCUCUCCCAUUCCCUCCUCCUGUUCCACCUUCAAGUCAAGCUGAAGAUGAGUCAGAAUCUGAGGCUGAGGAUGAAGAUAACAAUGAAGAUGAGGCCUUGGUGAGGAAAUCCAAGGAUGCUACUGAGGCAAAGUCCCUUCCUCCAACUGAGCAAGUCAUGGACUUAACCUUGGAUGAAGAGGGUGAUGAGGUUGGGGAGGCGCCUAGGGAAGCUAUUACAGGGCAAUUAUCAUCCGACCUUCUCUUAGCUGAAAGAAGUCUUGACAAAAUGCUUGCAGAGAUUGAUGCCGAGCUGGCUGCAGAGAAGGCUGCCGAAGUAGUUCCCCAGGAAUCUGCCGAGGUCCAGACCCAAAUCGCUCCUGAAACUAAAGAAUCAUAA